ACUGUGGUACUGUCAUCUACACCGACAGUUAAUGCAUCCGAGGUUCUUCCACUUCUGGCGUUGCGCUAGGCACUGCAAUAGAUAGUAAUUUGAUCACUCGAUUUGCCACAAAUUCCCAGAUUUUCCUCUGAGUCUCAACCACUUCCAUCAAACCACUUUCGCGAGACGUCCAAGUGUCCUCUAAUUUGGCGGGUUUCCUUUCACGUUCACGUUUGCCAAAGUUUGCCUCCCGCACGACUUUUACUCCCAGCCUUCCACCCGUUUAACAGCACCAUUCAAUGUCUUUGUUCAUUUUGCGACACCCUCAAUUCUGAAGUGAAUUUGCGCUGCUACCGAAGAGUACUUCGUCGGCUUGAGGGUCCUUCAAUACAAUACUUACUCCCAGUGGAUUGUGGCGCCGGUUCUUGUCACCUUAAGCGAGAACAAUCAGACUCCAAUAUCAAAUAGCGAAUACGGCGACCGGUGUCCUACUCAUACCGGGUCUCUCGACGCGUCUACGGAAAGAGUUCCUGUCAGCGAUACAGAUUCAAGGAACUUUGGAAAAACCUAUUAGUUCAGGUCAAAACCCUCCUUACGAGACGAUGUACAGUUUUUCUAUCGUUCCUACCCAAUUUCUCCAGCUCUUACCUUGCCAAAACAAGCCGGAUCAUCUGCGAAGGAUAAUUGACAUUUGGGUAAUGGCAUACCAUUUGUCCGGAGAAGGAGCGCCUGAGAGCUAACUCGAGGUACCACAUCUACAUAUCCUUCCCAUUUUCCAUGCAGCCCAUCAUCCAGAUUCGACAUUAUCGGGAAAUGAUUUAGAUACAAAAGCAAGAACACGAUGCAAGUAUAGCCCUACACCCCAUGUUUCGCUUGAAAUCUCUCCUCCCCUUUCUCCUGCUUCCCCUCUCCCUCACGGGUAACGCUGCUCUCCGUAAGCGAACUUUCGACGCGGCCUCUGACCCAUCACUCGAAAAUGGCCAAACCAUCCUCCGUAACGAAGCUUUCGGCGUUACCAUUGACCCAUCCCUCGCUCACAAUCAAACCUUCGACUUCAUUGUCGUUGGUGGUGGAUUGACUGGUACGACCGUUGCAGCACGACUGGCCGAGACAGGGAAGUAUACGGUGUUGCUCGUCGAAGCGGGAAGGGAUGAUAGGACUGACUCUAGGGUGUUCGAUAUCUAUUCAUACGGACGGGCGUUCGGCACGGACAUGGAUUGGCAGUGGCAGACUGAACACGGCAAGAUGGUUUCCGGGAAAACCUUGGGUGGAAGUUCCUCUAUCAACGGGGGUCACUAUACCCGAGGUCUCACUGCUCAAUACGAUGCAUGGUCUUCUCUCCUGGAUCCAUCCGAGGCAAGCGUUGGAUGGAAUUGGCAGGGUUUAUUUGAUUACAUGAAAAAGUCGGAAGGAUUCUCAGGUCCAAACGAACAACAAGCAGCCAAAGGCGCACAAGCUAUCGAUUCCUUUCAUGGAUUUAACGGACCUGUCCAAGUCACAUUUCCAGACAAGAUGUAUGGGGGGCCCCAACAGCAUGCUUACAUCGACACUAUUCAAGGUCUUACGGGAAUGACGCAUUGCCCGGAUUUGAACGGUGGCAAUCCCAACUGUGUUUCAAUGACACCGUUUACGAUGGACUGGCAUGCUGCUGAUCGUCGUUCGUCUUCUGUUGAAGCCUAUCUUAGUCCCGUCGAGAACGUAAGGACAAAAUGGUUAACUUUGACCAAGCAUCAGGUUACGAAACUCAUUUGGGCAAAUCCUGGGAGCAUUCCCCUUAAAGCUUCCGGAAUUCAAUUCGCUCCAGCCUGCGGGAGCAGCACCAGGUAUAGUGCUUAUGCUAGAAGAGAAGUUAUAGUCGCCGCAGGCGCGAUCGCCACCCCUGCUCUACUCCAACUCUCCGGAAUUGGUGACUCCUCCCUCCUCUCGUCACUCGGCAUCACCACCUAUGUCGACCUCAAAACUGUUGGAAGGAAUCUGCAAGAGCAGACGAUGACCUCUUUGGGCGCCAACGGGAACGGCUUCGAUCCCGAUGGCCGAGGUCCCUCAAACUGUAUCGCCUUCCCUAACAUUCGACAAGUGUUUGGAAACAACGCCAAUAGCUCUAUCAGCAAGAUAAACAGUAAUUUGGCCAAUUGGGCAAACAGUCAAGCGGGAUCAGCCUUGAGUAGUGCGGCUCUGCAGCAGAUCUAUCAGGUGCAAGCGGAUCUGAUCAUCAACAGGAAUGCACCGGUAGCGGAGAUGUUCUAUGAUACAGGAUACCCUGACGAUCUCGGAAUCGACAUGUGGCAGCUUCUACCUUUCAGCAGAGGAACAGUCAAGAUAACGACGAGCAAUCCUUUUACCAAACCUCAAGUUCGAGUCAACUACUUCUCGGUCGACUGGGAUAUGGAUGUCCAGAUUGCCGCAGCAAGACUGUCAAGACGAGUAUUGACGAGCCCGCCUCUAAGCUCCCUAUCAACAGGAGAGACCAUACCGGGAGGCGCUGUUCCCGAUGGUGCAGAUCGUGGUUCCGACGCUCAGUGGAGAAGUUGGAUUCAGAAGAAUUACGGUGCCGUCGCUCACCCCAUCGGUACGGCUGCUAUGAUGCGACGAAGUCUUGGAGGAGUGGUAGAUGCACAGUUGAAAGUAUACGAUACCUCAAACGUCCGCGUGGUUGAUGCGUCAAUCAUGCCUCUACAAGUCAGUGCUCAUUUGUCUUCGACAUUAUAUGGAGUAGCAGAGAAGGCGGCGGACCUCAUCAAGGCUGCGAAUUAGGAU